UCGCUUGAAGGACUUUGUGGCCUCCCGGCUAGGGAGAUUGGUGUGACCUCGUUCAGCUUGCGUCAGGCGAGGAGCAUGGUGACAGACAAGGACAUUGAUGGUGGGUGGGCAUGGGUGGUCCUGGCAACCACGUCACUAGGAAUGGUUAUAGCUGGUACUGUCGCUAUAGCAACUGGGUUCCUGCAAGUGGAGUUCCUGGAACAUUUUUCUCAGAGUACAGGCUACACCAGUCUCGUCAGUUCCAUGUUUCUGUGUCUGGAGCUCGGCAUGGGACCCUUCUCCAGCGUGCUGUGUGACAUGUUCAGCAUCAGAGUGGCCAUGGUGACGGGAGGCGUGCUGAUGUCUCUCGGCCUUAUCAUCGCCAGCUACACCACCGACCUCCUUCACCUCAUACUGGCAUUUGGGGUUCUCGGAGGUGCUGGUUUCGGCUUGACAUACACACCUCUCAACGUAAUACUCGGCCAUUAUUUCACGGACCGGCAACCCAUGGCCAACGGAUUCUCACUCGCAGCGUGUGGUUCAGGCUUGGCUUUAGGAGCCUACUUUGUGAUAUGGUUCAUUGAUGCUUACGGGUGGCGAAUGACUGUGUCAGCAUUGGCAUGUUGUAGUCUUCAGUUUUGUGUGAUCGGAUUCUCAUACUUCCCAACAAAACGCACCCCAACGACUUUUUGCUGUAAACGUCGUAAACGGACCCGUGUUGAAUGUCGUAAACCGGAAACGUGUUUGUGGUUUUUAAAAGAUGCAAGAUGGUGGAUAAUGUGCUCGAAUUACGGUCUUCUGAUGAUUGGCUACGCUAUUCAAAUUGUUCACUUCCCGGCAUAUGCAGAAUCGGUACAUGUACCCCAUGAUCUCCUUCCAGGGCUGUAUACUACCUAUGGUGUUGUUAUAACUAUAGCCCGGGUACUGUGUGGAGUUUUGUGUAACGACAACAACGUCGACCUCCAGAUGGUGUUUUUCAGUACCCAGGCCUUAGAAGGACUGGUCAUCGUAUUUAUGCCACUGUAUGCAAAAGACUAUGUUGGUAUCAUGACAUAUCAGAUACUGGUGUCACUUUUCUACGGAGCAAGCCUGGUUCCGUUAACGCCACUAGUUGUUCGACUGUUUGGUGUUGACAAAUUGUCAACAGUGUUCGGCUGGAUCAUGCUGUGGGGAGGCGCCGGUUCUUUUGCUGGCCCCGUGAUUGCAGGUUGGCUGCAUGACGUCACCUUGUCUUACUCCAGCGGGUUUCACGUAGGAGGUUUGUUCGUGCUAGUUGCCGCCCUGCUGGUUCUGCUCAUUCCCGGAUGUAAACUCGGGACGUCCGAGUCACCGCAUGAGGUUACCAUGGAAACACUAGUACACACAGAACAGACUGUUGUCAUACGUCCUCCAUUAGAUCUGUGAUAUGUGUCAUUGUAUCAUAAUAAUGACAUUAAUAAUAAUUCAGAGUUCAGAGCUCAACGCUCGCAAUAAAGUCAAAGUACAAAUACUUUUGUUGUACCCGUCCUUUCGUA